AUGAGGUCAGACCUGAGUGAGGCUAUUGUGUUACUAGGACCAGGAGAUGGAGUAACAGGCCCACAAGCAAUGCAUUUGAAUGCUAACGAUCAACAUCUUUACAUCAGCAGUGGAAGUUUUGGAAACAAACUGUCACAAAAUGAGUCGGUAGCAUUUUUAGCCUACUUAUCGGAACCAAUAACAAAUCUGCAGUCAACUCAACAUGUAGUCUUCGACAAAGUUAUCACAAACGUCGGAAAUGCCUACAACAAAUUCAGCGGUCAUUUCAUUGCGCCUGUCGAUGGGGUUUACGUUUUCUUUGUGAUGCUGUCAAAUGUUGCUGGCAAAUCUGUUACAGUUAUUGUUUUGAGAAAUGGUUUAUGGAUUGGCAAGGUAGCUGCCUAUGGAAGCAUUACUGAUAAGGGGUUACUGGUCACGUCAACGAGCGCGAUCCCUGUUGAGUUACAGUAUGGUGAUGAAGUUUGGGUGCAAAAUGAAUAUACAUAUUUAGCACAUGAGGAGGUGGCUGGCUACAAACAGUCAUCAUUCUCAGGACAUCUUAUAACCUCAUUUUAA